AGAAAAGGAGGGGAAUGCCCUCAUUCCCAGCUUCCUCUGCGACCGAGCGAGCGAAUCCAACCCAACUCACCCAUCCAUUUCUCCCUCCCUCCCUCCCCAUUCCUUCGCACCUCCGCCCUCCCCCCACCUCCGCAUCCGCCAGCCCCCGAAUCCGCGCGGGCGCUUCGCCACCCUACCCCGAUCGCUUCCUCCUCGUGGUGGGCGCCGCUCCGAUCCGCCCGAUCCGCGCUGCUUCUGGGGCUCCUGCGCGCGUCGGCGAGCGGCCGGGGGCGGCGUAGGGACGGGGGCCAUGGACUCCGAGGACGACAUGCAUGACGCCAGCGACUCCGCCGCCGACGACUUCUACAGUGGCGGGGAGGCCGGGCUCGCCGCCAGCGAUGACGGGGACGCCGACUACGACUUCGCCGACCGCGACUCUGACGACUCCGCGGAGCUCCUCUCCCACCGGCAGCAGCAAAAUUACAGUAUAUUGAGUGAACCUGAUAUAAAGCAGCGCCAAGAGGAUGACAUAAAUAGGGUUUCAACUGUUCUUUCAAUUUCCAAGUCAGAAGCAUGUGUUCUUCUUCGCAACUAUAACUGGAGUGUUAGUAAGGUGCAUGACGAAUGGUUUGCUGAUGAAGAACGCGUUCGUAAGGUUGUCGGUUUACCAGAGAAGCGCAUUGGAAUGCCAAACGACAGAGAAGUGACAUGUGGAAUAUGUUUUGAAAGUUGCCCUCGUGCAUCGAUGAGUGCUGCUGCAUGCCGCCAUCCUUUCUGCGGUACAUGUUGGAGAGGUUACAUUAGCACUGCUAUAAAUGAUGGUCCAGGAUGUUUGAUGUUGAGGUGUCCUGAUCCGUCCUGUGCUGCUGCUGUUGGACAAGAUAUGAUAAAUUCACUGGCUGAUGACGAGGAUAAGGAAAAGUACGGGCGAUAUCUUCGCAGAUCUUACAUUGAAGAUAAUAGAAAGACAAAAUGGUGUCCUGCUCCUGGAUGUGAAUAUGCUGUAGAAUUCGUCAUUGGCAGUGGCAGCUAUGAUGUUAAUUGCAACUGUUCAUAUGGGUUUUGUUGGAAUUGCACUGAGGAAGCUCAUCGCCCAGUAGAUUGUGCCACUGUCUCAAAGUGGAUCCUCAAGAACAGUGCGGAGUCAGAGAAUAUGAACUGGAUACUGGCUAAUUCAAAGCCUUGUCCUAAGUGCAAGCGGCCUAUUGAAAAAAACCAGGGAUGCAUGCACAUCACAUGCACUCCUCCCUGUAAAUUUGAGUUCUGCUGGUUGUGUCUUGGUCCAUGGUCGGAGCAUGGAGAGAGGACUGGUGGAUUUUAUGCUUGUAACCGCUAUGAGGCUGCAAGGCAGGAAGGAGCGUACGAUGAAUCUGAAAGGAGAAGAGAAAUGGCAAAGAACUCCCUUGAGAGAUAUACACAUUAUUAUGAACGAUGGGCAGCCAAUCAGUCGUCGAGGGCAAAGGCAUUGGGGGAUCUUCGAAGUCUGCAGAAUGACAAGCUUGAAAAGUUAAGUGACAUACAAAGCCAACCUGAGUCACAGCUGAAGUUCAUCAUAGAGGCAUGGUUACAGAUUGUCGAAUGUAGAAGGGUAUUGAAGUGGACUUAUGCCUAUGGAUUUUACCUGCCAGAGCAUGAGCAUGCCAAAAGACAGUUCUUUGAAUAUUUACAAGGUGAGGCAGAAUCGGGUUUGGAGCGGUUACAUCAAUGUGCAGAGAAAGAACUUCAAGUAUACCUUGAAGCAGAAUCUCCCUCAAAAGAUUUCAAUGACUUCCGUACAAAGUUGGCUGGAUUAACUAGCGUGACUCGCAAUUAUUUUGAAAAUCUCGUCCGGGCUUUGGAAACUGGAUUAAAUGACGUAGGUCCUUCCACUAGCCAUGGCGCAUGCAGCAAAAGCACAACUUCCAAGGGCCUUGGUGGUAAGAGCAAGAGUGGCAAGAACAGGGCAUCAAGUACCAGCUCCAAAUCUGGCAUAUCAAGCCGUGGUGUGGAUGAUAGCAACAUUUGGACGUGCGAUCAGUGCACAUACGUAAACCCCAAAUCUGCCAGAGCCUGCCAGGCUUGUGACCGCCAACAUCGAUAGUGCUAGUCAGUCUUCAUUUGAUGUCUGGACUCCAUUCAUUGAGAAUCCUCUGGUGUUACCCCGAGAUACACAACAUACAUGAAACUGAAGUGUUAACUGAUCUCUGGUGGUAGUGCGGAGGUAUUAGGAGGAGGGUUGCUGCAUGCAGUUAUGCAAAUGAAAUAGAAGUUCGUGUAUCCCCGAUUGUUUGUCGACUGGCAGCACCCUUGAAGCCUCAACUCAUCAUCCAGUUCGAUGUGUAUAUAAGUAUAUCCAUAUCUGUAAUAGUGUUUUGUUUUAUGGAAGUAGAGGCGCACAAGAGGGUGCCCGCCGCCAAAUGAACUGAAUUGUUGUAGUGGGAUGUUGUAAUGUAAUAAUGCAUUGACCAGUUUUAAAGAAAUUUAGUCUUUACGUUAUUGAA